UCAUUACUGCAAUAUGGCGAGAGAGUUUCAUAACCUUCAGGAGCUGAGGCACAAUGCAUCGCUGGUCACCAAGGUGUUUGUUCAGAGAGACUACACUGAAGGAACCGUGUGCCGCUUCCAGGCCAAGUUCCCCUCCGAGCUCGACAACAGGAUUGAGCGAACCUUGCUCGAGGAGACGGUGAAGACGCUGAACUCUUAUUAUGUGGAGGCAGAAAAAAUCGGGGGCCAGUCGUACCUGGAAGGAUGUCUGGCUUGUGCAACAGCUUACAUCGUCUUCCUCUGCAUGGAGACACGCUAUGAGAAGGUGCUGAAGAAGAUAUCAGGAUACAUCCAUGAGCAGAAUGAGAAGAUCUACGCUCCUCGAGGUCUGCUGCUGACAGAUCCCGUAGAGAGAGGAAUGAGAGUUCUGGAGAUCAGUGUGUUUGAAGACCGGGGCUCGGGCAGCUCCAGUCCCAGCAGCAGCAUGUCGUCGGCGGGCAGCAGUGCUCGGUGACUGGAGGGUCAGCGCCAGGAUUACGGGUUCCACCACAGGGGCAGCGGGACGCUUACCAACAUCCGCAUGCUGAAACAUGAGAGCACCAGGUUCUGAGACAGGUGGAGAGCAUAAAAGACAAGGAGGUGAUCCACAGCAUUCACACUCUCCCUGCUUGGGCCUACAACCUCGAGAACAGGAUCUGGCUUACACACACGGGACAACAGAAUAAAAACAAGUGCAGCAGCCAACUCUCAUUAAGGGAACAUCUCUCACUC